AUGAACGACCCCGGUCUUGACGAUGCCAUCACUGACGAGGCGAACGCUCUAGACCACCAAAGCCAACCCAGUGACCAGCCCCCGGGAGAUGCUGAGGAUGGCAAAGGGCAUCAAAUAGACCCUCGACAUCCUCAUGCGGCCCGGUGGUGGCUAGCAAGCACAGCGUAUCCAUUAGCGGCAGGAACCUUUGGUCCGAUUGCGAGUGCCUUUAGCAUUCUCUCGUUGACGCAGACUUGGCGCAUGGAAAUACUCAGUGGCGGUGGGAGGCGAGACAUUAACGAUCCAAAAUGGGUUACCGCAAUCAAUGCAGUCUCGCUCGUGUGCGCGCUGGUAGCAAAUUUUGCCCUUUUGUUGAACAUGACGCGCCGUGUCUCUUUUGGGGUCUCGCAGCCGAUCAUUAUUAUUGGAUGGCUCCUUUCAUCGGUGCUACUUAUGGGAAUACUCGUCGGAUUCGGGGUCCUCAUGUACAGGCCCGAAAACGCCGGGCGGCUUUACACCCAAGCAUACUUCUACGGGGCAUUUGCGGCCGGUGUCCACUUUAUCGUCGCGUGCUUGAUGGUCAUGACUGCUUAUGGAGCCUGGAAGGGCCACUACAGUCGUGAAUACAAAUUGACAACCAGCCAGCGUACACUCAUGCUACAGACUAUACUCUUCUGUAUCUACCUCCUUGGCGGCUCAGCCGUCUUUGCCAAAAUAGAGGGCUGGAGGUUCUUGGACGCAAUCUAUUGGGCCGACUACACGCUACUUACCAUCGGUGUUGGAAACUUUGUUCCCAUGACCCAUCUUGGCCGAGGUCUACUCUUCCCAUAUGCCAUUGGUGGCAUCAUUAUUCUGGGUCUAAUCAUCUCUUCUAUCCGCACAUUGAUGCUGGAGCAUGGGCGACAAAAGAUAGCUGAUAUGUUGAAGGCGCAGACUCGCCGCAUCUUGGUGAAGCAGGCAUUCUCUGAUCACAACCAUCUCCAAGGACUGGUACCAGAUCUGAGUAGUGUAUCUCAGCAGGAUAACCAGAUGGAUGAGCGCGAGAGACAGAAGCGAGAAUUCAUCACAAUGCGACGGGUCCGGCAGCUUGCCACUGUGCAGCACAAAUGGAUCUCACUCGUCAUCUCGCUUGUUGUCUGGAUGGCCUUGUGGCUCAUUGGCGCGGUCGUCUUCUGGCGCUCUGAAGGCAAUCGCCAAUGGACAUAUUUUCAAGCACUCUACUUCGCCUACACAACCCUGCUGACCAUCGGAUACGGUGACUUUUUCCCGGUCAGCAGCCUGGGCAAGUCGUUCUUCGUCUUCUGGUCCCUGCUCGCCGUGCCCACCAUCACCAUCCUAAUUUCCAACAUCGGCGACACUCUCAUCCGGUUCGUCCGCGACGUCACCCUUUUCAUCGGUGAGAUCACCAUUCUCCCCGGCGACGAGCCCUUCAUGGAUCGCCUGAAGGAUAUUCUGCAUAUCAACUGGAGAGAGAAAUGUCUCCAGCAAACAUCUGGCGAGAAGAAUAGUGUCCAGGAUAUUCUCAGCAGCAACGGAGAGACCAGACACGGGGACUGCGAAGCGCGCAGCACCAUCGAAGCCGAAGAGCACAAAAAGGAAGAAUUUGCGCACAUCCGCGGUGAUUUUGCGGCCGAGAACGUGCACCACUACCACUACCUGCUCUUCCGGGAGGUGCGCAAGCUCAUGCAGUACGCGGCCAGCAACCUCUCCAAGGAAUUCGACUAUCUGGAAUGGGAGUACUAUCUUGCGCUGAUUUCGGGGAAACACCGACCUUCGGGAUUAGAGGACGAUGGCGCGACCUGUGAAGACGAAGAUGCGGAUCGUGCACUGCAGGACUGGAGCUGGAUUGAUACUGCGAAUCCGCUGCUAGGGGAGAAAAGCGAAGUUGAAUGGCUCUUGGGGGCGUUGACGGAGGCUCUAGAGCGGGAGUUGAAGCGGGCGAGUCGGGCUUAUCAUUCGCCUGAAGCAAGUGAGGGAGUUGAGGAUGCGACUGGGUCGGACGCGGAUAAGGGUCUGGAGUCUGGAAGUGCAAGAGCAGAAUGA